GGUGCUGUUUUCGCUAAUCGAAAGUAACAAUAAUACGCGAAAAAUGUCUUCAACUUCGUCCUCUGGAUCUGAAACUAGUGCUAGUAGCUCAAAAUUUAAUGCAAUUAAAGUUUUAUAUUCAAAAAAGUCUAAGGUUCCAGUACAAAACGCACCUUUGUAUGAUAAUUUGCAACAAUUUGAGUCAGCACUUAAAUAUAAUGAAACACAAAGUUCGUGUGUUGUACCUGUUGGUAGACAAGAGCUUGUGAAGAAAAGGGAAGAAGAAAAAGCGGCGAAGAGGAAAGAAGAAGAGAGAAUUCUCGCAGAAAAGAAUAAGCUGCGUUUUGCUCAGUAUCGAGGCCUGGAGACAGUAAAGAAAGUGCGAAAAGUGAAGAAUGUUUUGACGCGAAUAGAGUCCAUGAAAGGGCCACUCGGGGCAUUGAAGGAUUGCGUGGACCAGAGGUUGAGAAUAAAGGUGACUACGCGCCACGCUUAUGGGAUACGAGGGGUUCUGCAUGCGACGCUGGUGGCCUUCGACAAGCAAUGGAACCUCGCGCUGACCGAUGUGCUUGAAAUUUGGAAGAAGAAAGCUCCCAAGAAAAGGAAGAUACCACCGGGGUUAGUAACCCCCGUACCAAAAGGGACGGCGGCGUCGAUAUCCGCUGUGCCGGUGGUCACCGAGACGCCCAUCGGUGGCGGAGUGCUGGAGUGUACCAGACACCUUCCGCAGGUCAUGGUGCGCGGGGAGCACGUGGUGCUGGUCAAUAUUGUUGAAAGAUGAACAUUAUGGCAAUACCACACUGUAACAGCUAGCCCGCAAUGCAAAAUUAAUCCACUACUAUUUGCAAUUCCUGCUAAAAAAAAAUCGGUGCGGUGAUUAAAUUGUCGUGAAUAUUUAGGUGUCCAAUUUAGGAGUUCAUAUAAUAUGCAAUGAAUUACAUAGUACUGUAAAAAUCGAGACGAUAUUAGUUCACAGUGCGUGUUAGGUGAAUUAAUGAAUACACUUUUAUUAUACGCUAAAGAAAAAAGAGAGCAAUAGGGUACAAUUAGGUGAAAUAAUUUGCGCAGAUUAUAAAUCGCGAGCAUAAAAAUCGCGCGGAUUUUUUUCAUAUUGCGGGGUAGUUAUAUAAUACUCAUAAAGAGGUCAGUGUAAUAUACAUUGAAAACGUUCUGGAAGUGCAAUGCGGAGGCCAAUAAAGACAUUUUAAAUAAGAAAUUUAGUUAAGGGCUUAUUUUCCAAUAUAGAAAUAAAUUGUGAAAGAAAUUGGUAUAUUUUUAAGCGUGGGAAGUUUUGACUAAUAUUUGGGUAGAGAAUAUGUCAAAAGUUCUCAGUUAUGUAAUUUCAUAUACAGCUUUUCAUAUUUGCGCGGCUGUGUUUAGGUAGCGUAUGUUGCGAGUAACACAUUUACUGCGAAAUUAUGAAUUCAUUUUAUUAUUGUCACACUCUUAUUUCGCAAGUUAAGAAGUAAUGUGAUUGCUAAUGUAUGUUCUAUAUUAUAUAAUUAAAAAUAAUCUGGGUGAUCUGGAAACUUU